GCAUGCGGCGCUUCGCGAGCACGUCGGCUGCGGCGGCGCUUGAAGUCACUUUGCCAUGGGGUGGUGGGCUGCGAGGACGGGUCGUGGAACCACUGACAAAUGCACCACCGUUCCAGGCAUUUCUUGGCGUGCCUUAUGCCGCACCACCUGUUGGCAAGCUACGAUUUUUGCCUCCGCAGCCAGUUGAGAAAUGGUCCGGUGUCCGAGACGCGAUAGAAGAGCGCGACGGUUGUCUCCAGAUUGAUUACUACUCUAAGAGUGUCAUGGGAUCCGAAGACUGCCUCUAUGUUAACGUUUACCGACCACCCGGCACAGAACCUCACUGCAGAAAACCUGUGGUCGUCGUCUACUCCUUUGGAGCAUGGAGCCUACUCAACAUGAGCAUGAACGAAAUUGGACCAGAGUUUCUUGUCGCAAAGGAUAUAAUUGUUGUCACCGUGCCCCACAGACUUCUCUCCUUUGGGUUCCUGUCUUUGAACUCGCCAGUGGCUCCAGGCAAUAUGGGUCUUCACGACUGCAUUGCCGCCCUCCGCUGGGUCAAUGAAAACAUCGCAUCUUUUGGUGGUGAUCCAGAGAGAGUCACUGUAUUUGGGUUGUGCGCUGGCGGGCUCAUCGGCCAUACAUUCCAGUUUCUAGAGUCUACAAAGAACUUAUUCCAACAGAACAUUUUUAUUUCCGGUGCUCUCUCCUCUGCACCUUGGUACGCCUGCGCCCCGGGUGAUGUAAUCAGAGACAAGAGCUUGUAUCUCGCCCGCAAUUUGGGUUGUACUUCUAACAAUGACGAAGAGAUUCUGACAUACUUGCAAUCAGUGCCAGCGGCAGACUUGUUUAGCAAAACAUGGGAUUGCAUGUACUCCUGUCCGCCCUCCGACCGCGUUAACCCACCCUUGAGUCCCAUGAUUGAUGCCGACGCCUAUGCGGACCGGAAUGACGCUCUGUGGCCAGCCCAUCCAGUAAAGAUGGUUCGCAGUCACACCAAUAGGCCAGUCCCAACCCUGUUUGGCUUCUGCCGGAAUGAUGGUUGGCUUAAUUGGGGCCCUACACGGAUGUGGGAAGGUAUUCAAGCCAACUCAAGUAAUCUUAAGGACCGGUACGCUAUGCUCGAGAGGACAUUGCCGGACGACUUAGACCUACCCUAUGGAUCUCCGGAACGUGAGGAAGUAUUAGAAGAAAUUCGGAGAUUUUACUUCGCUGGUACCAAAAGUCCAACUCUUCAUCAGUGGUACACUUACACAGGAGAUUUACUGGCAAGAGGGUUCUACGACGCUUUUCGACAACACUCCGUUCACCCUGGACGACCACGAUCGUACCUCUAUUGUUUUUCAGUUGAGGGGCGCAACAACCGAACGUCUCGGAUGUUUAAAUGCCCUCCGGGCAUAGUUGCCCAUAUGGAUGAUAUGGGCUAUAUCUUUGGCUGUCGUGACAAGCCUCCUGGUCCAGAGCCGGCAUGGCCGUCCACGAGCAUUGAAGCUCUGACUCGAAGAAGAAUAGUCUCCCUUCUGUCUAAUUUCAUCAAAUACGGAGAUCCUACUCCAGCAAGCGAGCCUGACCCGGAACCUGAAAUCCACGGUUUACGCUGGCCUGCGUUACCGCCUAGAAGCGCGGCUCCAUAUCCCUGCCUCGACAUCAACACUUCACUCAGCAUUCAACACGAAGUGCUUGGGGAACGUGUCCGCUUUUGGGAAGAUAUGUAUGAUCGGUAUUUUACCACAGGAAUUACAGAAAGAACGAGAAAUCCACCAAGCUUUACUGACCAAGAAGCGCUAAGUCGUCCGGAGUCAUCUUCCCAAGUGUUAUCAUAUUGAAAUUUCAAUUACAUAGGAAUACUUUUAAUAAAUAUAUUACAUCGUUGCGCAAUCAUAAUUACAGUUUAAUAAAGUCUACAUGCAAAAUAAAA